CCCAACAUUUUCAGAUUGUUUACAAAUUUAUUUUAGCAAAUUUUCUUCUAUGUAUAGACAAAGGUAUAGAAUUGGUUAAAAAAGUAACAGAAAAUAGAGGAAAAUAGCAAAAACAUCAUUGUUUAUUGAAUACCUAACAAAAUAGCUAGAAACUGAUAGAAUAUGCUAGAAACCCUUAAAAGUAUGAGAAAUUAAGGAAAAUUCGAUGUUGAAAUAAUUUUUCGUUUUUCUGAAAAACGGUAGAGACACAGGGUGAAGGAACCGCGGUAAAAGGUAUAUAGAUGUUCCACAUGUAGCUUCCAAACACAACAUUGAGCCAUCACAAGAAAGUUCACUUGGCACCGGAAGAACGCCAGUUGUUUCCUUUUGCACACUGCAACAACAAAUAUAAUAUAUGUCAGAAAAAGCGUUAGAAUUCCACCUUGAUAACAAUCAUAUUGAUUCCAGGGUGAAGGAAUUACAGAAAAAUGUCUAUAAAUGUGCCAUAUGUAGUUUUCAAACACUACAUAUCAGCAAUCUUAGAAAACACAAGAAUGUUCAUUUGGCGCUGGAAGAACGACAGUUGUUUGCUUGUACACACUGUGACAAGAAAUAUACAUCAAAACAAUCCUUAAAACAUCACCUUGAGGAUAAUCAUAUUGAUUCCAGGACGAAGAAAUCGCAAAGAAAAGUCUUUACUUGUGCCAUAUGUAUUUUUCAAACUCGACAUAAGUCACAUUUUAAUCAACACAUGAAAGUUCACUUGGCGCCGGAAGAACUACAGUUUUUCGCUUGCGCACAUUGUGACAAGAAAUAUAAAUCAAAGCAAACCUUAAAAUAUCACAUCGAGGAUAAUCAUAUUGAUACCAGAAUGCAUGAAUCGCAGAAAAAUGACUAUAGAUGUUCCACAUGUAACUACCAAGCACGAGAUUUACCAAAACUUAGACGACACGAGAAAGUUCACUUGGCACGGGAAGAGCGACAGUUGUUUGCAUGUGCGCACUGUGAUAAGAAAUAUACAACAAAACAAAAAUUAAAAGAACACCUUCAGUAUGUUCAUAUUAAUUCCAGGAAUAUAGUCUAUAGAUGUGCCACAUGUAACUACAAAACGCAACGAAAGGCACACUUUAGACAACACAAGCAAAUUCACUGGGCACCGGAAGAGCGACAGUUGUUUGCUUGUACGCACUGUAAAAGUAAAUAUACGACAAACAGCAGCUUACAACGCCACCUCAAGCGUGUUCAUGUUGAUUCCAGAAAUGCUAAUUGUAUCUCUUCAACUGAUGAAGUGAUAUUAGAUUCUUUAAAAAUAGAAAUUGAUGAUCACGCUCCGCUUACAGAUGACUUUAGAAAUGCUGAAUGUCUACCUGCGACUAAUGAAGUAAAAACGGAAGAUUUUUUUUAAAAUAGAACCUGAUAAUGUCGGUCCGGUUUUGGAUAAUGACAUGCACGAUGACUAAAUACCGAAGAUUUAUUUGUAAAUAAGGAAGUGAUAAGAAGGAAAUAAGUGAAAUUAGAGAUUAAGAUUUUAUAAAAAUGGAACCGGACGGUGGCGCUCCGUUUCUAGACAAGUAGACGCGUUUUGCCUAAAAUUGUCAAUGAUGGCCGAGGACCGGUUUGGAUUUCACGUAAACCAAUUAGGCCCCGUCCAGAUUAGCCUUGAGAGCGUAAAAGAGACGUUAACUUAAAAUACUUUA